CUCGUCACGACAGAAGGUACCGACGCGAGGAGGCGAAAGGAGAGGUUGACUUGAGGGUGGUGCCUAGGGAGAAUCAUCAUUUUCAUCGUCCUCGACACUGCCUUAUUUCAAAGUAGCGUUCCGCCACUCUUUGAUUAACUCCGAAGCAUUGGUAUUCUGCGUCGAUGAUCACGGCAAGGAGGCUGGCCGCCACUGCAGGGCGAGGCCGACCUGUGCUAGGAAGCUGCUCUAAUGUCAGGACAGCGGCUCUGACUUUUGCUGGAACCCGGCAUAACGAAGCGCCGUUGCUGAGCCCAAGGGCGCAAUUCGCCGCCGCGACAACAACGGGUUCUCGCCACUUCUCCGCCGGCCUGCCGCUAGCGUAUCCAAGGACCAAGGGCAAAGGGCCUGGUCAAGGUCGCGAGGGAGAGGAGGAAGAUGGAGAAGCCGACGAGGAGGAAGUGGACGAGGUCAAGCGAGAGGAGCCUGCGACAACGGAACGAAGCGAGACUGAAGGUGUCCAAGCCCAAGCUCCUGCGAGUGGCUCAGCAUCUGCUGCAGGAGCUGCAAGUGGGUCAGAAGGCGGAUCUUCGUCUUCUGGCUCCGGUUCCUCUUCUACCUCGGGCUCUAGCUCGACACAAGUGUCUCGACAAAUGGUCCCUACCCACUACCCUCAGGUGCUGGCGCUCCCCAUCACCCGAAGACCGCUUUUCCCGGGAUUUUACAAGGCCGUCGUCAUUAAGAAUCCAGCAGUAUGCGCGGCGAUCCGCGAGAGUCUGAAGCGCGGACAGCCCUACAUCGGCGCGUUUUUGCUCAAGGACGAAGAGGACGACGCAGACGUCAUCACCGACUUGAGCAAGGUUCAUCGCACGGGAGUCUUUGCUCAAAUUACGAGCAUUUUCUCCCAAAACUCGCAGAGCGGUGGUGGGGGCAAUCGAAAGGAGGCAAACAAGGAGGGGAAGAAGGAAGGCGAGGAGGAUAAGGAGGAGGGUCUGACGGCUGUGCUGUACCCUCACCGGCGGAUUCGGAUAGACGAGCUCAUUCCCCCAAGAGGUCAACCGCACGUUACGGAAGACACGAGCGCGGGCGCGGAGGGAACUAAGGCCCCCACUGAGGCAAAGAUCGCAAAAGUACACGAGAUCCAAGAGGAAGCGCGGUCGGCUGGAGUCGUGCCCGAGGAGAACGACGCUACGAAUGCCACAAAGUCGGCAUCCUCAGGCACCCACAUUCCCUACCAGACCUCUUUCCUGCAGGACUAUGCCGUUUCACUGGUCAAUGUCACCAAUCUGGACCCUAAGGAGUACAAGAAGGACGACGCCCUGAUCCGUGCAGUCAAGACGGAACUCAUCGCCGUCUUCAAGGACAUUGCCCUUCUCAAUCCCCUCUUCCGUGAUCAGAUUGCCAACUUCAGCAUCUCUCAAGGGGCAGGCAACGUGUUUGAGGAGCCCGAUAAGCUUGCCGACUUUGCCGCUGCUGUCUCUUCAGGCGAAGUGGGUGAGCUGCAGGCCGUACUGGAGUCUCUCGAUGUGGGCGAGCGUCUGCAAAAGGCCCUGUUGGUUCUCAAGAAGGAGUUGAUGAACGCACAGCUGCAGAGCAAGAUCUCCAAGGACGUUGAGUCCAAGAUCCAGAAGCGUCAGCGAGAAUACUAUCUCAUGGAGCAGCUCAAGGGCAUCAAAAAGGAGCUGGGCAUCGAGAGUGACGGCAAGGACAAGAUGGUGGAGAAGUUCAAGGAAAAGGCGGCGGAGCUGCGCAUGCCCGAGACUGUGCGAAAGGUGUUCGACGAAGAGCUUAACAAGCUUCAGACGCUGGAGCCCGCUGCAAGCGAAUUCAACGUCACGAGAGGCUACCUCGAAUGGCUCACCAACAUCCCUUGGGGCGUCCAUUCACCAGAGAACUAUUCGAUCUCGCACGCCACGGGUGUCCUCGAUGAAGAUCACUACGGUCUCAAGGACGUCAAGGACCGUAUCCUCGAAUUCUUGGCCGUCGGCAAGCUUCGUGGCACCGUCGAGGGCAAGAUCAUCUGCCUGGUCGGACCGCCGGGCGUGGGAAAGACCUCGAUCGGAAAGUCGAUUGCCCGGGCUGUCGAGCGACAAUUCUUCCGAUUUAGUGUUGGUGGGCUCAGCGAUGUGGCCGAGAUCAAAGGCCACCGAAGAACAUAUGUGGGGGCCAUGCCGGGCAAGGCCAUCCAGGCCUUGAAGAAAGUUGGCACUGAGAAUCCACUUGUGCUCAUCGAUGAGGUCGACAAGAUUGGCCGUGGCCACAACGGUGAUCCCGCAUCGGCUCUCCUCGAGAUGCUCGACCCGGAGCAAAAUGGAAGCUUCUUGGACCAUUACAUGGACGUCCCUGUCGAUUUGUCGCGCGUCCUCUUUGUUUGCACCGCCAACACUCUCGACACGAUUCCGCAACCACUGUUGGAUCGCAUGGAAGUCAUCGAGGUCUCGAGCUACACGGCCGAUGAGAAGAGGCAUAUUGCUCGCGGAUACCUCGCACCACAAGCCAAGGACGCAAGCGGUCUCAAAGAAGCCAAUGUCCAGCUCCCUGACGAGACUAUUGAGUUCUUGAUCAAGCACCACGCUCGCGAGAGCGGUGUUCGUCAGCUGCGCAAGCUUCUUGAGAAGGUCUAUCGUAAGAUUGCCUUCAACAUCGUUCGUGAUCACGGCGAGACCGUCUUUCCGGAACCGAGCGAGGGAGAGCUGAAGCCAGCGACUGCUGAGUCUUCUUCGCCGGUCCCAUCAUCGGCGGAGCAAUCUGUGACUCAGGACCAAGGUCAUCCUGCAGGAUCGGCAGACAGCAACGCGCAAUCAGUCACGCCUCCUCCGACACCCGCCGAGGGAGCGGCCUCUUCUACUCCACCACCAGAGUCAAAUGCACCGCACGACGGUUCCAUCCCUGCUCGCGAGGCCGUGCCGGAAGAAGCACCGAAGGUGACGACGCAAGACCGCAAACCAAUGCAAGUCCCCUCUUCCGUCGAGGUGGAGAUCACCAUUGACUCUCUGAGAGAUUACAUUGGUCCACCCGUGUUCCACAAGGACCGGUUGUACACGCGUUCGAUGCCCGCGGGCGUCUCUACUGGUCUCGGUUAUCUGGGCAACGGAAGCGGCAGCCUCAUGCCAAUCGAGACGACGCUUAUGCCCGGCAAAGGCGGAUUGCAGCUGACUGGCAAGCUUGGUGAAGUCAUCAAGGAGUCUGCAUCGAUCGCUUUGAGCUGGCUCAAGUCGCAAGCAUUCAGCCUUGGUAUCACAGCAGACGAGAAGGAGAACCUGCUCGAGCACCGCGACGUGCACCUGCACAUGCCAGAGGGUGCCAUCGGAAAGGAGGGACCGAGCGCGGGCGUGGCCUUCACGACGAGCCUGGUCAGCCUCCUGACGGGCAGGACACUCCCCACGGAUUUGGCCAUGACGGGCGAGGUCAGCUUGCGCGGAAUGGUCCUACCUGUCGGUGGCCUCAAAGAGAAGCUUCUGGCGGCGCAUCGGGCGGGCAUUACGCGUGUCAUCCUCCCAGCACAAAAUCGGCCAAACGUAGAGGCAGACGUGCCAAAGGCCGUCCUGGAUGAUUUGGAGGUCAACUACGUCCACAACGUUUGGAGCGCCCUCGAUGUGGCUUUCGGAGAGGGUCCAUGGAGCGAACGAUCCCGCGAACUGAAGAGACAGGAGGAGGAAGAAGAGACUGCAAACAAGCAGCGAGAAGAAAGGGAGAGGGAGCGGCGAAAGAAUGAGAGAAUCGCAGACAAGGCCAAGGCGGAUGAUGGCGCCAACCAGGAUCAGCCCGUCAACUGAUUGCGCAUCUGUACCUGCUGUCUCCUUUUGUUUUUGUUAGAGGAAAGUUUCACACCCUUGUUAAUUAGCACAAUCACCAAUCACCACCGCUCUUCGAAACGCAAUUCAUUCAACUCCCCAGACACUGUACAGACAAGAUCUUUACCGACACCUGGCAUGGACAACGGCGCUACCAUGCUCGUCAUACUCCUGCUUGCUGAUCCACAGUUGGUGGAAGGUGCCCAAGCUUGCCAAGAUGCUGCCACCCAACCAAGAGCUGAAGCGU